AUGCCACGCUGGGUCAGCUUUAUGCUCUGGUCUUUCUGCUUCCAGUAUGUCAUGAAGAUGACUCGUAGCAUUGUCACCCUAAAAUCACCAGCUACUGGACUGGUGCAGGGUGAAGCAUCUGGGACAUACCAGGGUCAGUGGGUUGGUGGAAUGCGCCAAGGCUAUGGCGUCCGGCAGAGUGUCCCGUACGGCAUGGCUGCGGUCAUCAGGUCACCCCUGAGGACAUCCAUCAAUUCACUGCGGAGUGAGCACACCAAUGGCACAGCGCUGCACCCGGACGCCUCACCUGCCGUGGCCGGCAGCCCUGCGGUGUCCCGGGGGGGCUUCGUCCUUGUGGCUCAUAGUGAUGCCGAGAUCCUUAAGAGCAAGAAGAAGGGGCUUUUCCGUCGGUCCCUGCUGAGUGGCUUGAAGCUGCGGAAGUCUGAAUCCAAGAGCAGCCUGGCCAGCCAGAGGAGCAAACAGAGUUCCUUCCGCAGCGAGGCUGGAAUGAGUACCGUGAGCUCUACUGCCAGUGACAUCAACUCCACCGUCAGCCUAGGGGAGGGGGAGGCUGAGUUGUCCGUCAUUGAGGAUGACAUCGAUGCCACCACGACUGAGACUUAUGUGGGCGAGUGGAAGAAUGACAAACGUUCUGGCUUUGGGCUGAGCCAGCGAUCAGACGGACUCAAGUACGAGGGGGAAUGGGCCAACAAUAAACGUCACGGUUACGGGUGCAUGACUUUCCCAGAUGGUACCAAGGAGGAAGGGAAAUACAAGCAGAAUAUUCUGGUGAGCGGAAAGCGCAAGAACCUGAUUCCACUGAGGGCCAGCAAGAUCCGGGAAAAGGUUGACCGAGCUGUGGAGGCAGCGGAGCGAGCAGCCACCAUCGCCAAGCAGAAAGCAGAGAUUGCAGCUUCCAGGACCUCCCAUUCUCGGGCCAAGGCGGAGGCGGCCCUCACCGCGGCUCAGAAAGCCCAGGAAGAAGCCCGGAUGGCCAGGAUCACUGCCAAAGAGUUCUCGCCUUCCUUCCAGCACAGGGAAAAUGGACUUGAAUGUCAGAGGCCAAAGCGUCAGAAUUCGAACGACGAUAUCGAGGUGAUCUCCACAGGGACCCCAUUGCAGCAAGAGAGCCCUGAGCUGUACCGGAAAGGCACAACCCCUUCCGACCUCACCCCUGAUGACAGCCCCCUCCAGAGCUUCCCUGCCAGCCCCUCCAUCACGCCACCACCAGUCCCUGCCUCCCGAAACAAGAGCGCCCACUUCUCCAGGCAGAUCUCCGUGGAUGAAGAGCGAGGUGGGGAGAUCCAGAUGUUGCUGGAGGGCCGGGGAGGGGACUACCUAAGACCCAACAGCUGGAGCGAGGAGAAGGUAGGUGGGGCAAGAGGGGUGCAGAGUGGUGCCCUGCGGAGCUGCCAGCCAGGGGAUGACUACCGUGGCCGCAGCUCAGGUCACAAACAUCCGUCAGGGAACCACAAGCCCCGGGAGAGAUGGGCAGAUUCCCCCACCCCAUUCUCAUGGACUUCCCACCACCGCUCCAACAACCACAGCUCAGGGAGCACCAGGCUGCUGGAGUUGGAUGAAAAGCUCAGCAACUAUGAGAUGGAGAUGAAGCCCCUCAUGAGGAUGGAUUCUUAUAUGCAAGAGGUUCACACCCAAAAAAGACACUACAGCAAAGCGGGCGCCUGCCGGAGCUUGGUGGAGGAUCACCGCUCCGACGAUCGGGGCUUCGGGGUGCAGAGACUGAGGUCCAAAUCCCAAAAUAAGGAGAAUUUUAGGCCGUCAUCUUCUGCUGAACCCACAGUACAAAAACUGGAAAAUUUAAGGCUUGGGGACAAAGCCGAGCCCCGGCUGCUGAGAUGGGACUUAACCUUCUCCCCACCCCAGAAAUCCUUACCUGUUGCACUAGAAUCUGAUGAGGAAAAUGGAGAUGAGCUGAAGUCUAGUACGGGCUCAGCUCCUAUUCUGGUAGUCAUGGUGAUCUUGCUAAACAUUGGAGUCGCCAUUUUGUUUAUUAACUUUUUCAUCUAA